AUUUGGAAUUCAAAUUCUUCAUACAAGCAAACUUAAAAUCGGAAAUAAAUGAUAUAGAAUCCAGUGCCUGACAGUAACCAAACGUGAAAUUUAUGUAGAAUUUGUCCGAGGAAAACUGAAGUUGUAUUAUGAGUUAAAACAAACAUGUCUACCAGACAACAGAGCUUUUUGACUAGACAGCGAGGAAAUAGUAAAGGAAUUUUCAGACGAACAAGUAGACCUACUUCUAAUAAGUCAGCACCUUCGUCAGACAAGUCUGUGAGUUUUAACUUUAACCUUGACUGGCAGUCGGGUAAAAGUCUUGCAGAGUGUAACAAGCAAAUGUUAGAAGCCAGUUUUCUCACUGACGUCAUUUUCCACAUUGAAAACGGGAAAAAACGAGAAAUCAUCAAAGCGCACAAAUUCGUCCUGGCCAGCCGCAGUUCUGUGUUCUUCUCCAAACUGUGUGGAAGCCACGGUAGCGAGAAUGUCUUUACUGUUGGUGAUAUAGCACCAAAAAUAUUCAACAAACUGUUAGGGUACAUUUACACGGAUGACGUGGACCUCACCACUAAAACGGUGUUACCACUGUUGUAUGCGGCGAAGAAGUACAAGCUUCAAGGUUUGGUGACGAAAUGCUGUGAGAAAUUAACUGCAGAUAUUGAUACAGAGAGUGUGUGCACGUUGCUGGAACAAGCGCACAAGUAUAAGGAAGUUGAACUGGAGAAACAUUGUCUUCAAUACAUAUUCAAGAAUGCGCACGCAGUUUUACAGACAGCCUCAUUCCAAAAUUUGUGCGGUGUCUGUUUAAAGAAGAUUAUACAAUGUGAUGAUCUCAAAGCAGACGAAAGCAAGAUUUACGAAGCAGUCUGUCACUGGUCGGCGAAGGAGUGCAAGAGACAGAAACUGUCACCAACUCCGGACAACAGAAGUCGAGUUCUAGGUAAACUCAUAUAUUUUGUGCGAUUUCCAUUGUUAGAUAUUGAAUAUUUCGCAGAAAAUGUGCCAGCUCAGGGCCUUCUGACGAAAGACGAAAUCACACAAAUUUUCAGGUAUUUUCACAGCAGAACGUCGCCAUCUGUCGGUCCAUUUAUUUCCAGGAGGCGCGCGCUUACACGUGUCGUCAGGUUUGAAACUACUUCCGGUGCUUGGAAUGUUGGGAAUUAUAUUUUCGAUUCGAUCAGGUUUCAAAGCUCAAUAGAUAUUACAUUACACGGAGUGGUUGUGUAUGGUUGUUUUACAGGAACGUCAGAAUAUGACGUAGCUGUAAGAAUACUGAAUAACAAACAAGAAAUCAUGGCACAAAACAACGUAAUUAUUGAGUCUAAUGCAGACAUAGAAAUGUGUGAUAUCUUAUUAAGCAAUGCUAUAAGACUUGACGCCAUGACAUGGUAUACAAUCAUGUUAAAUAUGGAAGGCCCGCAGACAAAGCGUGGUGUCUGCGGCAAAGAGAUGGUAUAUUACGAACAAAUUCAGUUUAUGUUUAAAAACAGUGGUUUUCCUCAAAACUGUACUUCUGAGAGAGAAGGACAGAUACCAGGCAUUUUGUUUCAUUAACAGUUUUGUUUCCUUUGUUUGAAUUACACGGAGUCAUUCAGUGGAUGCUUUUAAAUUGUCAUACUCAUCCAUUAGAGCUUCGGCACAGUCCCUGAACUUCGACAUAGUCCCUGAACGUCGACAUAGUCCCAGAACGUUGGCAUAGUCCCAAAACGUCGAUAUAGUCCCUGAACGUUGACAUAGUCCCAAAACGUAGACAUAGUCCCAGAACGAACAACGCAACACUUGACAUUCGAGACUGUUAGUUACGUUUAGGAAGGUAUUCAACAGCGUAGAAUUUUAUUUAUUACGGAAUAAUUUCAAAAGACAUGUCAGCUACAGCGAGUUGAGAAAAUUGGGCGUUGGCAGGAUGUAUGGUUAAUAUGAGGAACACAAUUUCUGAAACAGCCAUAACUUUUGAUUAAGCCUGAUUCCCAUAAUGAUUUUACCAGAUUUAAUGUCUCAUCUAGCUGUACCUAAAAAUGAUUCAAAGUAUUGCAUGUUCACUUUUAAGCAGUCAAUACAUAUGAGCCGCGCCAUGACAAAACCAACGUAGUGGGUUUGCGACCGGCAUGGACCCAGACCA